UUCCUCGACAAGCUAUCUCUGGCCGACGUCGGGAAGCCGAAGAAUGAAUUCAACGCGGAGUUUGCGUAGCGAUUCUACCUCGCCUCCUCGCUGCGUUAGCGUAGCUUGGCCUGAAAGGACGGCUAGAUUUAGAUUUCGCUUUUAGCUCCUCCCUCCAGGCCGCUACGGCGUUUGCGCAGCGGCCGGCGGUAAGCCUCUGUCGGAAGCGGCCGAAAAAUCCAGCGGCUGCUCUUAGCGGGCGGCUGGAGGGAGGGCGCUGAUGAUUGGCUUGCGGCUCCCGUGACGCGAGAGCCUCCCUCGGCCAAAGAGGAGGCGCCUUUUUCGGCGUGAGGGUCUUACGCGAGGCUCCGGCUUGAGGCCUCCCGCGGAAGGGUGAGAAAGGCCUCCGACGACAGGGAUGGGGAAGAUGUGAGGGCCGGACGUGGCCUGAAACGAUGAGGAGGAAGCCAGAGCGAUAAUUAUUCUCGGGGUUUGCUUUCCAAGGUGACCUGGGCUGGCUUCUAAGUGGCUUGGACCUGAUAGACGUUCCUGGUAGCCUAAUGCCAUGAGUAUUGAAGUGGACAAUGUGGAAGAAAAAGCUGUCCAUUCCUGGUCAAGGAUCUCCUCUGCAGGACAGAAAGCCUUGGAAGAAGCUCUCAGAGUGUUUAAUCCCAUGUCUAAGGACCUGUCUGACACAGAAACCCAGCUAGUAGCUUUUCUUCAAGGUCUCAGGGAAGAAGGCUACCAGCCCACCAUCCUAAGAAGUAAAGACGUAUAUGGAUACAGCUCAUGCACAGCUGCUAUGCCCAGCCAGACAAAGGGAAACAUCCAGGACAUUUCAAAAGCAGCUGCCCCUACUUCCGAGUCUGCUAAAGCUCCAGGUACAAGCAUAGCAAGAAUAGCAAGAGUAUCUGCUCCCUUAGCAGGUAUUACAGUAAGUCCUUCUGAAGACUCUGCUAAGCCAUUAUCCAAGAGCACUACUUCAACAAACCUCCUCUUGAACUCAUUGAAACGGACACGGUCAGGCACAUCGAAAGCCACAGCAGUGGGUUUCCCUGCUAACAUGUACCCUGGGGUGUAUCCAGCCAUGAGACUCUCUGUGGUGCUGGAAGCCUUGGUCCCACUAAAAGCUACAGCAUCCUGUCUGGAAUCAAAAUGCAAACAAGGGCACCUUGAGAUCUCUCCUUCAGACCUGAAGCUUCUUAAGGCGGCCAGUGCCUCUAGGCAGACGUCAGCGGCCAAAGCCACUAAAAUAUCACCCAGUCAGUUGGACCCCAAAGGGUACAGGCAUGUCUCAAAGAAAAUGCCAGCCCCUGCUGCUUUGACUAUGAGCCUUAUAAAGGGAACCAAGGGUGGAGUGCUGAAGGAAAGCAAUGCUUGCAAAACAUCUGGAAUCCUGAAUGGCAGAAUUUCUGGAAGUGCGUCCCAGAGCUGCAGCACAGCAGCCUCUAGAGCAAAGGAGUCAUCUGUGAGCAAACGAGAACAGCAAGGCGGGGGCAACCAUCAGGAGACUGUUGGGCAGAAAAGGAAAAGACUGGAGGAAGGAAAAGAAUUGCCAUGCCAGAAGAAACCCAGUUCCCUUCCGUCCCCCAGUAAAACAGAACUGACGUCAAAGGCCUUGAACCUGUUGGAAUUCCGGACCAUCAAGGUGAACAGCUCUUCUGACGAUGAACUAAGGAGGAGAGCACAGAAGAUCCUCAGAGUGAAUCUGUCCCCUGUUAUCAGAAUUCAGCCCUUGCCUCAGUCUCACAGUGUCCCUUGAGUGUUCAGGCAGAGCUACGUAGCCCAUCACACGAGGAUGAUCGGACCGACUGUGGGUCUCUUAAACCUGAAGAGGGUGUACACAUCUGCAACCCCCAGGCAGUUGGCCUCCAGAGCAUAGCGAACAGCUGGUGAAAGUUAUGCAGAGCUGUGCAAUUGCUGGAUUCUAUAAAGUUGUGUUUUAGAAAUACCGGAGUUGGGUCUCCAAGGCUCCAUUGAGAGGAAGAGAGAGCUUUCCCUCUGGGACACUUUUCUACAGCGCUUUUGUAAACAUGGGAGAGUGUGCAUCUGAGAUGUGGUGGCACUAGGGAUAUUCCUGUAAUGUGAUUAUCGUUUUGUUUCCAAUCUGUAAAUAACUCGGAUUUAUUUUGAUCAUAUUUUAUAUACUUAUUAUUAAAUACAAAUAUCUAUUGACAAAUGUACCUGGAUUGCCCAAGGACUGUCAGAAUGUGAUCCCAUUCCCUUUUCCUCUCCCUUUCCCAAGAACUGGGUUCAAAAGGUUAUUUCCUCUGAUCUUUUACCCGCAGUCAUUUGCUGAAAGACACAAAGGCCUUAGUUUGCCCUCCAGUGUUGUUUCUUUUGUCUGUAAGCCUGACUGGCAACCUGUUGUCUGUUAGGCAUUGAAUCCUGUUUGCUGUUCCUGUCUCAUAGCUGCCUUUUGCUGACGUUUGCGUGACAAAUGUGUGUGUGUGUGUUUGUUCAAAAUGCAUGGAAAGGGGGUUAGGGAAGAACAUGUGUGUGUUCUCUGGUACCCUCACUUUUUUCUUUGACCAGCAAUUUUAACCGCAGUUGGCUAUGAGAGGAUGAUAGGAAGAUGGUAGCCCCAAAUAGGGAGACUUUGCUGAUGUUGUUAAGCAAGCAGUGAGGGGGACGGGUCUGUCCUCACUGCGAUCCAAGCGAACAGAGAAGGGCUCCCACAGAUUUCUGCCAGCUUUGUGCCAUAGAGGGUGAGGGCACCACCGUCUGGGAAGAAGCUUCCUCAAGAUGUGGUGCCUCUCUGCUGCCAGCCAUUGUUUUGUGGUUUUCUGUGCAUUUCCUUCCUAAGAGUAGUUGUUAAAGAAUUCAGUGCAGUUGACUGUUAAUGUUAUUCCCAUCUUUUAAGUUAAAAAUGAACCUGUGGCUGCCUAUGAGCCUAAGAACUUGGCAAUGGCAAGUAAUACUUUCUAGUGCAAUUCUUUAAAUUUUCUGCUGCCAGACCUUUUAGUAGGUCUGGCCUGUGGAUGUUGGGCUUUUGAAUGUAUUGAUUAUAUCUAAACGGUUUGGGUUACCUCUCCUGCUGCAGUUGCAACAGGUUCUCGAGCUUAAUGAAGAAGCGACUGGGUGUGAUUCUGGUGCUAAGAAUCUUGUCCUGUAGGGACAAAUAGGGAGCUGAUUUUAUUGCAGUAGUUACUGUCCUAUAAACCAUUGAAAAUUCUUAACUACAUACAUGGUUGCCAGCACCUUCAGUAUUUCAAGGAUCUAACCAUACUAUUUGUGCCACAUUUGCAGACUUACACAUUUGUUUGAUCGCCAGAGCUUCUCCAGGGAAUCCUGGCAAAGAGCAUUUUUCUGAAGAUAUUGAGAACAGUAUGUUGGAGAUUUUCCAUUUCAAUCCUGCCAUUUUCUAGAGUAGCUUGGUGUGAAGAGGGGUGGGGUAUGGCAGACAUUAAUGCCUGGUUUAGGUUUACUGUACAUUCUAACAGAUACAUUCCUAGAGUAGAAUUAAUCAAGCCUCUGUUUCUACACUGUGGCAUAGAGACUGAUGUGUUGCACUAAAAAUAAACUUUUUAUCUGUUUUAAAAGCCUUUGAUCAUUAGGGUAGCCAAAGUUAAUGGACAUUUUACAGGUUAUGCAAAAUGUGGCAACAAAUUGAGGUGGCAGAGCUGUUAGUUUCCAUAGUACAAAUUGUGGUAGUAGUCAUUUUUUGUAUGUUCAGGGUAGAGAAGACAGGCUGCAUGCAGCCCCCAAAGCUUUUUCCCCCUUUUCUUUUUCUUUCUUUCUUUCUUUCUUUCUUUCUUUCUUUCUUUUCUUUUCUUUUCUUUUCUUUUCUUUUUUCAUCUUUGCCUGCCCCAGCCCUCUCCUUGGGAGAAACAUUUUACUUUAAAAAGAUUCGUGGAACACAGAUUUGCAUUCAGAUAAAUUGCAGAGGGGUUUUAUGAAAGUGCAUGUGAACCUCUAGCUAAUUCUGUGUUUGAUUUCUUCCUCCUCUUUUUUUCUUCCACAUUUUCAAGGCUGGGGCAACACAUAGUGGAUUAUGGACACAGAAGAUUGGCUUUCCGCUCCUAGAGCUUGUCUGUCCCUGCAUUACAUGAAAAUUCUGACAUAGAACAGACAGCAAGCAAGAACUUGAAGUAGGAAACUGGUGAAUGUUUUCCUCUGAAGUGGCAGUUUUAUAUGUGCAGAGAUUGUUUUUUUUAAGGGAGCUGGGGUAGGGCCUUCUCUGUGAGCCAUUUGCAGAUGCUUUGACCACCCGUUCUGCAUAUGUCACUACUUUGAAAAUUAGCUCUCUCAGACUGAGCCAAAACUGGGAUGAUCUUUGCUUGCAUCACAGAGAAUAAUCUGAUUAGCAGCUGCAUAGCAUCUGGCUGCAGCAUCUGCUGAUUUUAGAGUCUGCUUGCUAUGUGUAUAUAUGGAGGGAGAGGGGCUAUAAAUGGAGCUUGACUAUCCAGCCAUCUUUCCCUUUCAGAAGGGAAAGUUGACUGUUGUCUUGUUUUGCAGGAGUUAAGGGUUGCCGGUGGGAUGUUUAGCCACCGUGUGAACUGUUCUGACUUGUGCUUCUUUUUCCUUUAAAGAAAAGAGCAGUUAUUAGGACUUCUGUACAGACAUUUUCCCUUUGGCUUCCUCUUCCAUACUCUCUAUGGCCACCUAGAUGGAACACUUUGGUGUCCUUAAUGCCUGCCAGUCAAAGGCAGUUGACACAUGACAAUUACACCCCCAUUGGUACUACUGAGAUGAAAAAAAAUGCCACCCCUACAGAGGGGGGAAACUGAACCACUAUUUUCAAAGCAUAGUGAUAUCCUUUUAAAGGAAAUCACUGUCAGUUCUUCUUGCUGCUAAUAGAUUGCAUUAACUCCAGCAAUGAACUCAAAAUUUUCAGAAGUCCUAGUUACUCCUGUAGGCAAAAACAGCUAGCAAGAGGGAAUCCUGCUGCAUUUAUAUGUGUUGAUUUUUCCUGCUCCUCCAAGGAGGGGUCUUUUAAAACAGUCUUUCCUCAAUAGCAAGAGCGCUCUGUUGAGAAGAAUGUGUUUGCGAAACAAGGAUUAGGGUGAUAGGCUAAGAAACACCAGAGGAAUAAGAAAGAAACAGUGAUGGCAGGAGGGACUGUAGGGACUUCUAAGGUGAAAGCAAAGUUCAAGUCUGUAUGGAACACUUUCUCAUAAUGAAUAAACAAUUCAAUAGGAAUUAUAUGUUCGUUUGUUAUGUUUAGGGCCAACACUGACUGGCUGAAUUAAUGAGAAUCUUCUUCAGUAGAAGAAGAUCAGCAUUUUUAUUGCAGCUACAUAAGACAGAAUAGCUUGUCACAUUUGCAAACUAAAUCAGCAAAUGAGCCUUUACUGCCCCAAAUACCAAGUAUGAGCCUGAGUGGAUACAUGUAUCUAGAGUAUGGAAAAGUUACAUUUUUGAAUGGGUCAGUGGCCAUCUACCUAAGGCAGGUGGGAUGGGAGGUUCUGUAAAGGGUAGUCAAAAAGGAGACAUUUCCAAGUUCUGAGUACAUAGCUGUUUCCAGGUCUUGUGCAUAGGCUUUGAGGAAUACACAGCAAAAAGAAAAGAGAAUGGCAAAAUCAGAGUUUUUAAAAAGCUAUGGGACAGGCAAUGCUUUAGCCCGGUACUUUUAAAAAAAAGAGAGAGAGAGAGAGAGAGAGAGACCAUUUUCAUAUAAGAAAAUAGUCAAUAAUAAUAAUAAUAGUGGGGAUAAUAAUAUACAGUGGGCAAUUUGUAUAUAUAUGAUUUGUAACUUUUGAGUUUCGAAUUGAGGUUUGGUUUCUUCCUUUCCUUUUUUCACUGUUGGAACUCUCCAGGAAGAGUAUUGGUCCACGUAAUCUGCUUGUGGAUAGCAUGAAAUAAAAUAUCAAUAUAAUGAGGCUAAAAUGACCUGCUGAGGAAGUGGGUUUUGAGCCCAUGUGGUAACACAUUCUGAUCCCAGAAGACCAGUAAUGUGCAACUCUUAAGGAAGAUUCAAGUAGAAAUCUAGACAGUUUUGUGCCUUUACAACUGCCAUAUCCACUUAGAAUGUAAUAUUUCCCAUUUCUGCUAGAUGCUCAAAAAACCCAGAUAGUUAACAACAAUAAAUUAGCAGAAAGCAAUUCGAGCUUUCUUGUGUGGAAAAUGCUGUCCUUUGUUAGAAGUAUGGUUAUUUGCAAUAUUUGGCUUGCAGCAUCGGGAAAUUUGGUUUUAAGGCAUGUCCUUGCUUAUUUAUUAUCCUUUAAGUCUUUUAAAAUUGUCCGAAAAGAGAAUACUGUUCCGUGGUACGACUAGGACUGGUGCCUUGUCUUUCUUGGAUUCAUCUAUCAAGAAUGCUACUUAGGCUAGGUCAAUGAGUCAACAUUCGGUAUACAAUUUGUACCCUCUGCAACGCAUAUCCCAGGAAUGUUCAAAGAAGGCCACAGACACCAUGUGGUAAAGGAGAUCGGUAUUUGCAAAGAGAGGCCCCUGCUUUAGGCUGUGGCAGUUUGUUGUUCCCUAUCCUCUAUUUCAUUGAUUCCUAAAUUUGGGUAACCCAAGUGUUCUUGCUCUGCAAUUCCCAGAAAUCCCAGCCAGCAUAGCUGGUAGUGAAGACAUCUGGAAAUUGCAAUCCAUGAACUCCUGGAUUACCCAAAGUUGGGAAACACUGCCCUAUAUCCUCUACACAGUACUUUGUUUCCUGGGUGGAGAUGUUUCCCAGCUUGUUUCCUUUUCAGCUGGAGUUCAAUGGAUCAGUGGCCUGGCUGAGUUUAAGAAGUGUCAUACAUUUGUGCCAUAUUUGCUGAGAUGUUCUGGGAAUUAGAGGUCAAGAAAGUAAAGUUUCCAAACUCUGGCUGGAUUUCUCCCUGACUCGGAACAUAUUGGUGGCCACAUCUGUAAUUAAUGAAGGGCAAUCUGAGAAUGCUAUCUAGAGCUGCCUCUUGAAUGUAUGACUUGUGCUAAGAAUCCAUCUUUGAAUCCUGUUGUCUACAGGAUUCCUGCUGCCUUCCCCCUGCAAUCUCUCUUGGGCUAAACUGAACCAGCUAUUGGGGCAUGUGUUUGCACAUGCGCACACAUGUGCACACAUCAUUUGGUUGACUUAGUUCUUGCGUAUUAUAAUUUCUGGGUGGAAAGAAAUUGCUUUAGAGGUGAUGAUUGGACUUGCUUGUGCACGAAAUGGGCAAGGCAGUUGUAGGAAGGUGACCCCCUUAGCCCCACAGGCUUCAUUUUUAGGGUGGAGCAUAACACUGGACCAGCGUGACUGAUGUGUGUUUAACAUUAUAGAUUGGCUGAAAUCCAGUAAUAAAUCGCAACCAGAGUAGGCUCAUUGAAUCCGUGAAACAUACGCAGGAAUUGGCUCACUAAAUCCCCACUGAUUCAGAAAUCCCAUUCUAACUGCAACCUAAUACUGGAUGUCAGCCAUUAUUUCACAGCUAAAAACAUACCUCAGAACUACCUGCCUCUGAUUCGAGUGCUGUUUUAGCAAAGGGUUAUGUCUUCUCUGCCACAUUGUGCAUUUAUGGGUGUAAAGCUUUGUUCGUGUAUUGUGGCCUUUCUGGGAGCCUGGGGGGCUCUGCGUAUGCUAAAUGUGAAGAAAUGCUGCUUUUGAACACAGAGCAGGUGUCAGCACAGAAAAAAGCAGAGUCAGAAGUAAUCAACAAGAUACUUAGUGCUCAUGGUUGCUUAAGCCUC